UUCUCACUCCAUAACAGAAACACAUUAGAAAAACAAUGAAACGGUACCAGCAGCAUUUUGAUGGUAUCCAACAUCACAGGAAGAAGAGCUGGACAAGUGACGAGUCCAGUGAUGACGACGACUCUAGCGAUGAGGAACACUCGACAACACUAGUCUAUGUCCCUAAAUUGUCUUUGAGAUCUAACUUCAUCAACUACCAAACACUGAAACGUGAUAAUGCAAUUAACGGCAACUCCCACCUUUCACCAGCAAACCCCUGGCGCCGUCCUAGGAAUCGUCGCGGGAACUGAAGCUUCCGUGGUUCACUUAAAACACUUAGAAUAACUUAUCAUGGUCCAUGGCCCGAGCCCAACUAGGCUGGCCGCACGCGUAUAUUAUAUUAUUAUGUGUCCACCCAUGCCACUCUCAUACUUUCUUAAACAAGUAUUACACUCAAUCCCCAUAUAUAAACAACAAAUAAAGUUUCUCACUUUUUCACUCUUUUCUUUUUGCACUUUCAACAAGAAUUUCUAACUAAGUAGUAGCACUUUGGCAGACUCUAAGUCUCAACUAAAGCAGUGUGUGUUUAUUAGACUGAUCACUGAUGUGUGUGCUUUGGCUUAUUGGGUGUCUCUUGUUCUGGCUCAUAAUCAGCUAAAAUAGUUGGCAUCCACAAAACUCCACGUAUAUAAGAUUGAAUGAAAGUUCAUAUCUUAACUUGUUGAAUUUCUAUUCCAUGUCAUUGUCGACCAAACAUAUCUAAGACAUGAUUUGACAGUGGUUUACCUAAAACAGGGCCUGCCUUGUGGUUUAUCAUAAGUCAAAACCCACCAAUUAAGCUAAUCAUGUUUUACCCCAUUAAGCGCGCAAAGCAUAUCUUAAUUAGUGAAAAUAUUAAAUCGUAUAAUUUGACUAAAGCUAAUCAUUCUGAGCUACUAAAUUAUUUUGACACAUUAGAUCAUUUUGUUUUUGUAUUAUUGGAGUAAAGCUAAUCAUUAUUGUGAGCUCCUAAACGUGCAAAAACCCAAUGAGCUUUGUGAUAAAGAGGAAGUGGGUGACUCAAGUGCGGUCCAUCAAAAUUCAUGCCUAAAGUUAGCCUUUUUUCCACUAUCCACUAUGUCACCUUUAUAACAUAAAGGUGAGGAUGAGGAGGACACUUAUAUACUUCCCCUCUAAAGGAGAAACCAUCAUAAAUAAGGAACACAAAGCCAUGAGAAAACUUACAUGUUGUUUGUUCCUUAUAGUGAUCAGUAUCCCAGUCCACCACGUCCAUGGUGUUGAAGCGAAGAAGAAGACAGGUACAAACUUGCAGUGUAAUGGUUCAAGAAUAGGUGAAUGCGAAGAAGAAGAAGAGAAUGAGAUGUUAAUGGUGUCAGAUAUAGCACGGAGAGUUCUUGAAGAGCGGAGGUACAUCUCGUAUGGUGCUUUGAACAGAGAUCAACCUGCCUGCGGUGGUCCUCGUGGUCAGGCCUAUUCCAACAAUGCUGAAUGUCUUGGUCCUGCAGCCAACCCUUAUCACAGAGGUUGCUCUAAGUAUUAUCGCUGUAGAUCAGAUACCUAGCAUUUUACUCUACCUGUUUCAUAUUUUUUGCUGCUACUUUUUGUAUUCAUCACACAGAAAAACAAUCAGAUUGUUUUUGAAAUAUGGUUUA